AUGCCCCGCAUAGAUGCGGACCUCAAGCUGGACUUCAAGGAUGUCCUGCUCCGACCCAAGCGAAGCAGUCUCAAGAGUCGAGCCGAGGUGGACCUUGAGCGAACCUUCACAUUUCGGAACUCGAAGCAGACCUACUCGGGGAUUCCCAUCAUUGUGGCCAACAUGGACACCGUGGGGACGUUUGAGAUGGCGGUGGUGAUGUCACAGCACGCCAUGUUUACAGCGAUUCACAAGCAUUAUACCCUGGAUGACUGGAAGCUCUUUGCAGCUAAUCACCCAGAAUGCCUGCAGCAUGUAGCUGUGAGUUCGGGCAGUGGGACGAAUGAUCUGGAAAAGAUGAGCAACAUCCUGGAAGCUGUGCCGCAGGUCAAGUUUAUUUGCCUGGAUGUGGCCAAUGGGUACUCGGAGCAUUUUGUGGAGUUUGUGAAGCUGGUCCGGUCCAGAUUUCCAGAACACACCAUCAUGGCAGGGAACGUGGUGACGGGAGAGAUGGUAGAAGAGCUUAUUCUUUCUGGAGCAGAUAUCAUCAAAGUGGGAGUUGGACCAGGUUCCGUGUGUACCACCCGCACCAAGACGGGGGUGGGCUACCCCCAGCUGAGCGCCGUGAUCGAGUGUGCAGACUCGGCCCAUGGCCUGAAGGGGCACAUCAUCUCGGACGGAGGCUGCACGUGUCCAGGAGAUGUCGCCAAAGCCUUUGGAGCUGGAGCAGAUUUUGUCAUGCUGGGAGGAAUGUUUUCGGGCCAUACUGAGUGUGCCGGAGAGGUGAUCGAGAGGAACGGACAGAAGCUCAAGCUGUUCUAUGGGAUGAGCUCAGAGACGGCAAUGAAGAAACACUCAGGAGGGGUCGCGGAGUAUAGAGCCUCUGAGGGCAAGACUGUGGAAGUGCCUUACAAAGGGGACGUCAAGAACACUAUUCUGGAUAUUCUUGGGGGACUGAGGUCUACCUGCACCUACGUGGGGGCCGCCAAACUCAAAGAGCUCAGCCGGAGGGCCACGUUCAUCCGAGUGACCCAGCAACACAACACCGUGUUCAGCUAA